GUACAUAGGAGCGCCCUUCGCUCACUUGAGGUGGUGCGGGGUGAAGUGGUAGCACAAACCUCACCGCUAUGACGAUUCGGGCUAGUUCCUGGGGCGCGGGCCUACAGAGAGGCUCAGCAGCAAAACCCUUCCUACAUAAGUAGCCAUCAAUAUACUCACCACUUGAGCAACUCUCAAAUCUACUAGCAACCUCAGAAUCAAUCAACUUCCAGAUUAGUCGCUCCAGCAACGAAGCAUGGCAAACAAGGUGAACCGCGGCAAAGAGGCGGUGGUGCUGCGCAAAUUCGGAAUCAACGAGACGUAUCAACUAGCUAUGUAUCUACUAGACCAGUAUCGUAGCACUGUUCUCUCAUGUCGCUAUGUAGUUCCGCCACGUCUUGUGGCAGAGUCCCGGACCCAAAUGGAGAAGGUAAUCAAGGUUGCUGUCGUGGAUACCAUUAUGAGACAUCCGAUGAUGCAAGUCGGCAUGAUUGAUGGUACUUCCAAGACUCCCUCGUGGAUCCAGCUGCCGAGUCUCGACUUAGCGCAACAUAUCAAAUGGAUUUACCUUGGAGGUGAAGAUCAUGACGACUUCGAACAAACGGUCCAGGAAACCUUUCGCAUUCAGCUCGAUGAGCGUUUCCCGGACCUCGAGACUUGGGCCAAGCAGCCAGGCUGGAAGAUUACCAUCAUUCGGCAAGGAGAUGCUCCUAUCCUAGAGGUCCUACUCGCUUUCAAUCACCCCCAAUUCGACGGCGCAGGCGCCAAGAUCUGGCACGAAGACUUUCUCGAGAUUCUUGAUACUGCUACCGCGGAGAACGGAGCAUAUAAGCGGGCGGGCUUGGAUGGCGAUAUCCUGAGACUACCUGAAGCGCCCCCCAUGCUUCCAACCCCAAUUGAGAGCUUGAAGAGUCUUCCUUUAGAUCCCAAGUACUUUGCCAAGUCACUUUGGGAGGAGUUUCGGCCUCAAUUUCUUAAUCGUCUUAGUCCCGACGUGUCUCAAGCGGCCUGGUGCCCAAUCCGUACCUCUCCGUACAAAACCCAGUUCCGGGCCUUCUUCAUGGAUGACGCAUCUCUAUCUGCGAUCCUAGCCCUCUGCCGACAGAACAAGACUACAAUCACCGGCCUGCUGCACGGAUUGUCUCUCAUUGCCUUCUCAUUGCGCCUCAACAGCACGGCCGCCCCGGCCUUCCAGAGCUCUACCAUUGUGGACCACCGCCGGAAUUUACCUGCGGCUCCGCCGGACGCUCCGUGGGGUAGCUCUAACAAAGCAGUAGGCAACUACGUGACCCAGUUGCCCCAUAGGUUCGAGACGGAGCUAGUGGCACGAAUUCGCUCCAAGCUGCCAGCUACAUGUAAUAGCGACGAGGGAAUAAAUCUGUCCGCCGAGCUCCAACGCGAGCUCUGGGCAGCGUCGGCACAGAAUCGGCUGGAGAUAGUGCGCAAGGUGGAAGCCGGGCUGCGGAACGACAUAGUAGGGCUGUUCCAGUACGUCACGGACUGGCAGAAGACGAUGAGCGACAUGGCUAAAAAGACGCGCCAAUUCUCGUGGCUGGUGACCAAUGUGGGUGUCCUGAACGGGAGCACGUCCGAGCCUGACGACCAGAAAUGGUCCAUCGACCGGGCGCAGUUUGGUCUCAGCGCCGAGAUCCCCGCUGCCGCCAUUGAGAUUUCUCCGGCCAGUGUGGCUGGGCGGGGAAUGUGCGUCAGCGCGGACUGGCCGGAUAACGCUGUCGAUGUAACGUUUGGGGAGCGUAUUAUGGGUGACCUGGAACGGUGGCUGGUUCAGCUUGCAAGCCAGCGAUGAUGUGCGUGCUGGGUAUUCGACAAAUUCCCACCUGUACAGAUACAUACACCUAAUUCACUGUGUUUCGAUA